CCUAGCGGGCUGCGGGGCUGCCACCCUCCGUCCGAGCCCAGCCCCAGCCUGUCCGGCGAGGCCUGCCCGGCAUGUCCCCUCCGCGCCCUGUCCUACGAGGGCCAACCUCCGCCGAGAGAAGGGGCCUGGACACUGGAUUAGUCUUCUAUAGAUGAACAUAGAAGAAUAAAUGUAACCUACGGAGAAAUAUUAUUGUGUGUGAACUGGGGACCAUAGGCAAUGGUGUUCGUAAGAAUGAAAGCACCGUUUCCUUGCCAGAUUCCUUAUUGCUGUACUUCAUGAACCUACGUAAUCUUGGGCAAGAGCCUGUGUUUAACGAUGACACAGCUGUCACCAGUGUAGCAACAACAGUCCAAGGGAAGAAGACGGAUAAGGAAGCACUUACGUUUAUAUUCAACAAGGGAGUCGUCUCAGUCAACAAGUUGUGUUGCAUUAUUUUUCCGAGAUGAACCGAUAUACAACCAUGAGACAGCUGGGGGACGGCACGUAUGGAAGCGUUCUGAUGGGCAAGAGUAACGAAUCUGGGGAGCUGGUGGCCAUCAAAAGGAUGAAGAGAAAGUUUUAUUCUUGGGAUGAAUGUAUGAACUUGAGAGAAGUUAAGUCUCUGAAGAAGCUUAACCACGCCAACGUGAUCAAACUAAAAGAAGUUAUCAGAGAAAAUGAUCAUCUCUAUUUUAUAUUUGAAUAUAUGAAAGAAAACCUCUAUCAAUUAAUGAAAGACAGAGACAAGCUAUUCCCUGAGUCAGUCAUCAGAAAUAUUAUGUAUCAAAUAUUACAAGGACUGGCAUUCAUCCAUAAACAUGGUUUUUUUCAUAGGGAUAUGAAACCAGAAAACUUGCUUUGUAUGGGCCCAGAACUUGUGAAAAUUGCUGAUUUUGGACUUGCAAGGGAAUUAAGAUCACAGCCACCAUAUACUGAUUAUGUAUCUACCCGAUGGUAUCGUGCUCCUGAAGUUUUAUUAAGAUCUUCAGUUUAUAGCUCUCCCAUUGAUGUAUGGGCUGUAGGGAGUAUAAUGGCCGAACUGUAUACAUUAAGACCACUUUUCCCAGGGACAAGUGAGGUCGAUGAAAUCUUUAAGAUUUGCCAAGUUUUAGGGACUCCCAAAAAAAGUGACUGGCCAGAAGGGUACCAGCUUGCAUCCUCUAUGAAUUUCCGCUUUCCCCAGUGUGUUCCUAUAAACUUAAAAACUCUUAUUCCCAACGCCAGUAAUGAAGCUAUUCAGCUAAUGACUGAAAUGUUAAAUUGGGAUCCAAAGAAGCGACCAACAGCAAGCCAGGCACUGAAACACCCGUAUUUUCAAGUUGGUCAAGUAUUAGGCCCUUCCUCACAUCAUCUGGAAUCAAAACAAUCUUUACAUAGUAAGCAGGUGCAACCACCAGAGCCGAAGCCAUCUUCAGUUGAUCUAGAACCUGAGCCUCUGCCGGACAUCAACGAGCAGACUGUCAGACAGCCGCAGCCGAAAAACAGCCACCAGCCACUGCGGUCCAUCCAGCCGCCACAGAACACGAGUGUCCUGCAAGCGCCAAAGCAGCAGAAACAGCCACAGACGCUAUUUCCGAGCAUCGUCAAAAACAUGCCGGCCAAGCCAAAUGGUACCCUGGGGCACAAAAGUGCUAGGAGGCGCUGGGGUCAGACGGUGUUCAAGUCUGGAGACAGCUGGGAAGAGUAUGAGGAUUACGAUCUUGGAGCCUCCUAUUCCAAGCGGCCGAGCAUGGGUGUAUUCAAAGAAAAGAGGAAAAAAGAUACCCCAUUCCGGCUUCCAGAGUCGGUGCCCUCAGCCUCCCGCCACUCAGCAGGGGAAAACAAGAGCUUACCCGCUGCCGUUUCCCAGAAAUCGGAUUCUGAACUGUCAACUGCUUCCACCGCUAAGCAGUACUACCUGAAGCAAUCCAGAUACCUUCCAGGUGUAAAUCCCAAGAAUGUGUCCUUGGUAGCCAGUGGAAAGGAUAUAAACCCACAUACUUGGAGUAAUCAGUUAUUUCCUAAGUCAUUGGGACCCAUGGGGGCAGAACUUGCUUUCAAAAGGAGUAACGCAGAGGAAAGCAUAAUUAAACCAAUUGAAAAACUAUCAUGUAAUGAAAGUUUUCCUGAAAAAUUAGAGGAUCCACAAGGAAGUCUUGGAAGUUAUGCUACUUACAAUCAGUCAGGAUACAUUCCUUCCUUUCUCAAAAAAGAAGUGGGGUCAGCUGGCCAGAGGAUACACUUAGCACCUCUUGGUGCAACAACGACAGAAUACACCUGGAACACAAAACCCGGUCGGGGGCAGUUUUCAGGACCUACUUACAAUCCUACGGCCAAGAAUCUUAACAUUGUGAACCGUGUGCAGCCGGUUCCCUCAGUGCACGGAAGGACAGACUGGGUGGCCAAAUAUGGCGGCCACCGGUAGGAGAAUGGUGCAAAGCCCCACAGCAUUCUCCAUAGAAUACUCCAUAGUCCACGCAAGUCCCCAGACCCUGGGAAAUGUGUACAGAUGUCUAUUUCUACUGAGUUCUGGAAGCAAUAUGAAGUAGUGGGUACUCUGCAGAGCAAAAAUCAUCUCCUACUAUUUUCUUUCUUUCCUAGAAAUGAAAUCCAAUUUCUUAGCAUCAAUUGCCCACAGCGCUGACACGCGUACGGGUAGGACUUUACAAAGUAUUGAAUAAACUAUUUGCCAAAGUA